AUGUUCGCAGAAUCUAGUGGUUUUGAUAAGAAUUUUUUGCUUAUUUCGUAUACAAGCGAUGAACAUCAGGCAACAGAGCACGCUUGGUCUCAAAGUUCCUCGGGUUGUGAAGUGCAGUCUACCUCAUCUGACCAACAAAAUCAGGUAGCCGUUGUGCAAGCCUUAAUGGAUCUCGAUGCUUCUGCGCGCAUUUCGUAUCCCGGCGCCGAUGCAUGCUCAAAACAAAAUCUCGCAUUCGACGUACCUCAAAAGCUUGAAAGAAAGUCAUGCAACUGCGCGAAAUCCCAUUGUUUAAAGUUAUAUUGUGAGUGUUUCGCAAAGGGUCAGUCUUGUGAAGGUUGCAAUUGUUCGAAUUGCAUGAACAAUUUUAACUUUGAAGAUGAUCGAAGGAAGGCAAUCAAAUCAACACUUGAAAGAAAUCCACUAGCAUUUUAUCCAAAAAUAGGUAACGUUAGAAAUAUUGACGACUGUAUUCUAGGCUCCUCCGUAAGGAAACAUUCGAAAGGUUGUAAUUGUAAGAGAUCGAACUGCUUGAAGAAUUACUGUGAAUGCUACGAAACCUUUGCAAAUGUAGAGGAUGUAGAAAUUUUGUCAAACCUGUCCAUCCUGAUCCGGUCCAAAAUAUUGAAUCUGGGCACUUUUCUCGAUUUUGUAAAAGGUCAGCGAAUAAAGUUCUUCGCGGCAUGUAUUACAUCCGAAGUAAUUGAGGUCGCCUGCUCUUGCAUGCUUUCUCAGUUGCUUCUGGCCGAUCACCGUAAAAUGUCGGACACUGACCAAGAAUAUGUCGUACUUGCCGAGUUUGCUAAAUGUCUUGAUCACAUUUUGGAUUCCGUCAAUAAGCUUCGAAAUGCGCGAUUUUCUGUUGGAAACUACGGAAAAGAUGUGUUAGCUCUCUCCUCGUCCACUAAUCUGCCGGCAGCCGAAAAGGAUGUCGCUUGUGUAUAUCCCUCGUAUCCCUUAACAAGCGUUUCAUACACGUUGGCAUCGGAGUUUUCAACGUCACUACCUUAUCCUGCUGGCAACACCCCUGAUGACACGUGUGGCUCGGCUACUUUUCAGGGCGUUGUUUCAACGGAUCAGCCAUACGUUAAAUACGGUGAUUUUCCUGUCUCAUCAGAAAUGUCCAAGGUCUCGCUGCCCCAAUGUGAUCCUGAUUAUUCAACUUUCAAAAUGGUUUUGUCGCCAGGCGCGGGUGACGCACCCAAAGUUGUGGAAGUAUCCGAUCUAGCUGAAACGAUAAAGGUUGGGUCGAACGGUCAAACCGUUCUCAUGCCCUACGGCAUGCUCUCUCCAAGUCUAUCUGAAAUUCACAGUUAUCUCUUACCAGCAUCUUCACCACCACAACAACUGCCAGCUUACCCGCUUAAUCGCCAGACCUUCCUCAUGUCCUCUUCCACCGGUACUGUUUCAAGCGAAGAUGCUAUCUGUUAUCCCCUCACCUAUUCAACGGAGGCUGAUCUCGCUGCAGCCGCCAUAAGCACUGAAGUCGAUCCCACUCUCGCUGCUGACCGUCCCGAUGAUUGCGAUUAUGGCAACAAUGUCGAUGAGAAUGGUGGUGAUGAUUGCAUUGGAGCUGCUGAAGAAAGUUUCCAUCCGAACGCGCUUGAUCUGGCUUGCUACUCAUUUUCGACCCCUUUCGAUCUAACUCCAACGGAAUUUUAA